GUAUAAAUAAGUUUUUAUGAUUUUUAUUGAAAAUAGUACUAGAAUGUAAUAGAUCUUCGGUCAUGAGAUAUCAAAAUGUUGAAUAAAGAGAAUUUAUUACGUGUAGCUAGUCUUAGUUUAGUUCUGGUUAUUAUUCUCCAAGUUGAAGAAGGAUACUCAUUGAAAUGUUGGGUAUGUUGCUCAGAAGCUGACCCUCAAUGUGCUGAGCCUUUCAACAAUUCAACUUUCCAACUUAUGAACUGUCAUCGGCGCAGAUCGGAUGGAACGGCCGAUCCAAGACCAUCACUUUGUACUAGAAUAAAACAAAGAGUCGAUGGACGUUGGCAGUAUAUAAGAUCUUGUGGUGUUCAAGAUGAUUUGAAGAUUCAACAAGAAGACAUAAUUUGCAAAACAAGAACAUAUCCUGGGGAUGUUAUCAUCGAAUACUGUACUUGCAAUUCCGAGGAUGGUUGUAAUGGCUAAAUAUUAAUUGUUUCAAACUGCAUAAGAUACAAAAUAAUGAUACUCUUGUAUAUACUUCAAUUUACUUCUCUCA